ACUCUUGUUAUUUAUUAUUUUUUCUCUCUCUCUUUGCUUCUCCUCUGCAUCCUGCUUCUCUUGAAUAGAAAUCUUAUCUGAUUUUUUUCUCCUUUAAGAAAUUCCUUGAUUAGUGCGUCUUUGAUUUCCUCUUUAAGAAAUUUUUCUUAGAUCUGCUUCAGUUUUUUUUUUUGUUUUUGUUUUUAGAUAAAUGAAAUGAAAGCUGUUGAAAUUUUAUAUGUUAAUUGUUUUCGGUAGCUAAUUUUCUUUAAUGAGUUUUCCUCAUAGUCAUUAUGCUGAUUAGGUGGUAUUGGAAAUUCAAGCAAGAAAUUGAAGUAAAUAGUGUUGUCAAAUGUAGUUUCAUUUUUGUUUAAAUUGUAAUCUAUGUUUCUAUAUUUAUUGAUUGCAGUAACUAAUCAUAGCUUCAUGUUUAUGCUAAAUUCGCUUUGUCUUGCACCCAUUCGGGAAAUUUCUUUUCCCGGGUUUCUGUCUGUUGAGGUUUAUUUUCCAUCUCCAGGAAUCUAAUAACAAGGCUUAUUUAUGUUUCAUCGCGUUCUGUUUCUCUCAUGAAUUGUGAUAGCUUUUCCAUGAAAUGGGCACUUCCCUUUAUGAUAACGAUCAAGAAUGUUAAGAUAGUUCUAUAGAUUUUCAGUUUUUUUGGGGGGGUGGAUUUUAGCUUUUACUGGAGAAGUAUGAAAGUUAGCUUAAAAGUUCCCUCUUACUAGUACAAAUCGGUUCUUAAGUAGAUUGUUAAUGGCUAAUUCAGCUGAGCCAUCAUCAUCUUUGAGCUUUACUUCAUCUUCCCACUUAUCAAAUUGCUCAGCUAGCCAUAACUUCUCAUCCUCUUCUUGCCAUGAAACGGGGCCUAAUCUUGAGGUGAUCAGUCUAAGCAGGCUAAGCUCCAACUUGGAACGGCUCCUGAUUGAUUCAACUUGUGAUUACAGUGAUGCUGAUAUCAUUGUGGAGGGCAUUUCUGUUGGUGUUCAUCGAUGUAUUUUGGCUGCUAGGAGCAAGUUCUUCAAUGAUCUCUUCAGAAAAAAAAUGGGAAUCCCGAAAAAGAAUAAACCAAAGUUCAAAAUGAGUGAGUUGUUGCCUCAUGGCAAGGUUGGAUAUGAAGCCUUCUUGAUAUUCUUGAGUUACUUGUACACUGGAAAAUUAAAGCCUUCUCCCAUGGAGGUAUCGACCUGUGUUGAUACUGCAUGCGCCCAUGAUGCCUAGCCAGCCAUUGAUUUGCUGUGAGUGAUGUAUGCCUCGUCAUAUUCAAUACCAGAGCUGGUUUCCCUCCUCCAGCGGCGUCUUCUUAACUUUACCGGAAAGGCUAUGGUGGAACAUGUUCUCCCAAUCCUUGUGGUAGCAUUUCAUUGCCAAUUAACUCAGCUUAUUGCUCAGUGUGUUGAUAGAGUGGCAAGGUCAGAUCUUGACAAGGUUUCCAUUGAGAAAGAACUCCCCUUUGAAGUUGCAGAGGAUAUUAGACUGGUGAGAGACAAGUCUCCGCCUGAUGAAAACAAUAACCGAGAAAUUUUGGACCCAUUUCGUGAAAAAAGAGUCAGGCGAAUACAUAAAGCAUUGGACUCGGAUGAUGUUGAACUGGUGAAGCUACUUCUGACUGAGUCUAAUAUAAGUCUAGAUGAUGCUAAUGCUCUCCAUUAUGCUGUGGCAUACUGUGAUCCAAAAGUUGUGUCUGAGGUUCUUUGCCUAGGUCUGGCUGAUGUCAAUCUUCGGAAUUCUAGGGGUUACACUGUUCUCCAUAUCGCUGCAAUGCGUAAAGAGCCAUCAAUAUUAGUGUCACUUUUGACCAAAGGAGCUUCUGCUUCAGAGUUGACUUUGGAUGGGCAGAGUUCUGUUAACAUCUGCAGGGGUUUGACAAGGCCAAAAGAUUAUCACGCAAAAAUGGAGCAGGGCCAAGAAACCAAUAAAGACCGGAUAUGCAUCGAUAUUCUAGAGAGAGAAAUGAGGAGGAAUCCAAUGGCUGGAGAUGUAUCUAUGAACUCGCACACAGUGGCUGAUGAUCUGCACAUGAAGCUGCUAUACCUGGAAAACAGAGUUUCAUUUGCACGAUUAUUUUUCCCUGCUGAAGCCAGGGUAGCCAUGAACAUUGCUAAUGCUGAAACAUCUGAGUUUGCCGGUCCUUCAGCCUCAUCAGGAUCGAAUGGGAACCUAAGGGAGGUUGACUUAAAUGAGACACCUACCAUGCAGAAGAAAAGGCUUCUUUCUAGGGUGGAAUCACUUAUGAAAACAGUGAACAUGGGUCGCCGCUUUUUCCCUCAUUGCUCUGAAGUGCUGGAUAGGUUCAUGGAGGAUGACCUCCCAGAUUUGUUUUACCUUGAGAAGGGCACUCCUGAUGAACAGAGAAGAAAGAGAACUCGGUUUAUGGAGCUUAAAGAUGAUGUCCAAAAGGCAUUUAUUAAAGACAAAGCCCGAAGUAGCUGCUCUGGAUUGUCUUCCUCUUCGUCUUCAUCUUCUUUAAAAGAUGCUGUAACUUAGAAGCUAAAUGGAUUGUGAAGACAGAAUUGUUUGAAAAGUGUGUCAAGCAAAAUGGAUUUUUAGGUUUAGCCUCAUUAAGAAUCUGGCUGAUCUGGUCUUUUAUACAAUUUUAGGUAGGAAUUUUUUUUUUUUUUUUUUUUUAAAUCUGUAAACUAUUGUUUGUUGAGAGAAUGUAGCAAAAACUUAUUUACUUUUGUUGGUAAAAGGACUUAUUCACUCUAAAGUGAGAUGCAAGAUAACCUUAAAACUUUUUUUUGCUAUGUAAUAACAGCUGAGUUGAAAUGAAAUCCAAAUCAAACAGAUCA